AUGGGCGCAAGGGAGUCGGGCGCAAGGGAGUCGGGUGCAAGCGAAUCGGGCGCAAGCGAAUUGGGCGCAAGGGAAUCGGGCGGAAGGGAUUCGGGCGCAAGGAAAUCGGGCGCAAGCAAGUCGGGCGCAAGCGAGUCGGGCGCAAGCGAGUCGGGCGCAAGCGAAUCGGGCGCAAGCGAAUCCCCGCCCCAUUCUCCCGCUUUCCAUCGCCCCGCCCCAUUCUCCCUCUUUCCAUCACCCCGCCCCAUUCUCCAUCUUUCAAUCAUCGCGCCCCAUUCUCCCACUUUCCAUCACCCUGCCCCAUUCUCCCUCUAUCCAUCACCCCGCCCCAUUCUCCCGCUUUCCAUCACCCCGCCCCAUUCUCCCACUUUCCAUCGCCCAGCCCCAUUCUCCCGCUUUCCAUCGCCCCGCCCCAUUCUCCCGCUUUCCAUCACCCCGCCCCAUUCUCCCUCUUUCCAUCACCCAGCCCCAUUCUCCUGCUUUCCAUCACCCCGCCCCGUUCUCCCUCUUUCCAUUACCCCGCCCCGUUCUCCCGCUUUCCAUCUCCCCGCCCCAUUCUCCCGCUUUCCAUCACCCCGCCCCUUUCUCCCACUUUCCAUCACCCCGCCCCAUUCUCCCUCUUUCCAUCUCCGCACCCCAUUCUCCCUCUUUCCAUCACCCAGCCCCAUUCUCCCGCUUUCCAUCACCCCGCUCCAUUCUCCCGCUUUCCGUCACCCCGCCCCAUUCUCCCGCUUUCCAUCACCCCGCCCCAUUCUCUCGCUUUCCAUCACCCCGCCCCAUUCUCCCGCUUUCCAUCACCCCGCCCAAUUCUCCCGCUUUCCAUCGCCCAGCCCCAUUCUCCCGCUUUCCAUCGCCCUGCCUCAUUCUUCCACUUUCCAUCACCCCGCCCCAUUCUCCCUGUUUCCAUCACCCCGCCCCAUUCUCCCUCUUUCCAUCACCCCGCCCCAUUCUCCCGCUUUCCAUCACCCCGGCCCAUCUCCCUCUUUCCAUCACCCCGCCCCAUUCUGUCUCUUCCCAUCCCCCCGCCCCAUUCUCCCUCUUUCCAUCACCCCGCCCCAUUCUUCCGCUUUCCAUCACCCCGCCUCAUUCUCCCUCUUCCCAUCGCCCCGCCCCAUUCUCCCGCUUUCCAUCGCCCCGCCCCAUUCUCCCUCUUUCCAUCAGCCCGCCCCAUUCUCCCGGUUUCCAUCGCCCCGCCCCAUUCUCCCUCUUUCCAUCACCCCGCCCCAUUCUGUCUCUUCCCAUCGCCCCGCCCCAUUCUCCCUCUUUCCAUCACCCUGCCCCAUUCUCCCGCUUUCCAUCACCCCGCCUCAUUCUCCCUCUUCCCAUCGCCCCGCCCCAUUCUCCCGCUUUCCAUCGCCCCGCCCAAUUCUCCCUCUUCCCAUCAGCCCGCCCCAUUCUCCCGCUUUCCAUCGCCCCGCCCCAUUCUCCCUCUUUCCAUCAGCCCGCCCCAUUCUCCCGCUUUCCAUCGCCCCGCCCCAUUCUCCCUCUUUCCAUCACCCCGCCCCAUUCUCCAUCUUUCAAUCACCCCGCCCCAUUCUCCCACUUUCCAUCACCCUGCCCCAUUCUCCCUCUAUCCAUCACCCCGCCCCAUUCUCCCGCUUUCCAUCACCCCGCCCCAUUCUCCCGCUUUCCAUCGCCCAGCCCCAUUCUCCCACUUUCCAUCGCCCCGCCCCAUUCUCCCGCUUUCCAUCACCCCGCCCCAUUCUCCCUCUUUCCAUCACCCAGCCCCAUUCUCCUGCUUUCCAUCACCCCGCCCCGUUCUCCCUCUUUCCAUUACCCCGCCCCGUUCUCCCGCUUUCCAUCUCCCUGCCCCAUUCUCCCGCUUUCCAUCACCCCGCCCCUUUCUCCCACUUUCCAUCACCCCGCCCCAUUCUCCCUCUUUCCAUCUCCGCACCCCAUUCUCCCUCUUUCCAUCACCCAGCCCCAUUCUCCCGCUUUCCAUCACCCCGCCCCAUUCUCCCGCUUUCCGUCACCCCGCCCCAUUCUCCCGCUUUCCAUCACCCCGCCCCAUUCUCCCGCUUUCCAUCACCCCGCCCCAUUCUCCCGCUUUCCAUCACCCCGCCCCACUCUCCCGCUUUCCAUCACCCCGCCCCAUUCUCCCGCUUUCCAUCACCCCGCCCCAUUCUCCCGCAUUCCAUCACCCCCCUCCAUUCUCCCGCUUUCCAUCACCCCGCCCCAUUCUCCCGCUUUCCAUCGCCCAGCCCCAUUCUCCCGCUUUCCAUCGCCCCACCCCAUUCUCCCGCUUUCCUUCACCCCGCCCCAUUCUCCCUCUUUCCAUCACCCCGCCCCACUCUCCCUCUUUCCAUCGCCAUGCCCCAUUCUCCCUCUUUCCAUCGCCCCGCCCCAUUCUCCCACUUUCCAUCACCCCGCCCCAUUCUCCCUCUUUCCAUCACCCCGCCCCAUUCUCCCUCUUUCAAUCGCCCCGCCCCGUUCUCCCGCUUUCCAUCGCCCCGCCCCGUUCUCCCGAUUUCCAUCACCCGCCCCAUUCUCCCGCUUUCCAUCACCCCGCCCCAUUCUCCCGCAUUCCAUCACCCCGCUCCACUCUCCCGCUUUCCAUCACCCCGCCCUAUUCUCCCGCUUUCCAUCACCCCGCCCCAUUCUCCCGCUUUCCAUCACCCCGCCUCAUUCUCCCUCUUUCCAUCGCCCCGCCCCAUUCUCCCUCUUUCCAUCGCCCCGCCCCAUUCUCCCGCUUUCCAUCUCCCCGCCCCAUUCUCCCGCUUUCCAUCACCCCGCCCCAUUCUCCCGCUUUCCAUCACUCCGCCCCAUUCUCCCUGCGAAGAGAGCCAUUCUACGGGACAGCUGAAUUGCGUGGGACGCACGAUGGAGGUGCGUUUUGAGUCGACUCACAAGUCGCGCGAGGCAGAGCGACAAGGGCACCGAGACGGAGAGGUGCGUGGGGCUCACUACGACACGGAGAUGGAGGUGCGCUUUGAGUCGACUCACAAGUCGCGCGAGGCAGAGCGACAAGGGCACCGAGACGGAGAGGUGCGUGGGGCUCACUACGACACGGAGAUGGAGGUGCGCUUUGAGUCGGCUCACAAGUCGCGCGAGGCAGAGCGACAAGGGCACCGAGACGGAGAGGUGCGUGGGGCUCACUACGACACGGAGAUGGAGGUGCGCUUUGAGUCGACUCACAAGUCGCGCGAGGCAGAGCGACAAGGGCACCGAGACGGAGAGGUGCGUGGGGCUCACUACGACACGGAGAUGGAGGUGCGCUUUGAGUCGACUCACAAGUCGCGCGAGGAAAAGCGACAAGGGCACCGAGACGGAGAGGUGCGUGGGGCUCACUACGGCAUAGAGAUGGAGGUGCGUUUUGCGUCGACUCACAAGUCGCGCGAGGCAGAGCGACAAGGGCACCGAGACGGAGAGGUGCGUGGGGCUCACUACGACACGGAGAUGGAGGUGCGCUUUGAGUCGACUCACAAGUCGCGCGAGGCAGAGCGACAAGGGCACCGAGACGGAGAGGUGCGUGGGGCUCACUACGACACGGAGAUGGAGGUGCGCUUUGCGUCGACUCACAAGUCGCGCGAGGCAGAGCGACAAGGGCACCGAGACGGAGAGGUGCGUGGGGCUCACUACGACACGGAGAUGGAGGUGCGCUUUGAGUCGACUCACAAGUCGCGCGAGGCAGAGCGACAAGGGCACCGAGACGGAGAGGUGCGUGGGGCUGCGUGGGGCUCACUACGACACGGAGAUGGAGAGAUGGAGGUGCGUUUUGAGUCGACUCACAAGUCGCGCGAGGCAGAGCGACAAGGGCACCGAGACGGAGAGGUGCGUGGGGCUCACUACGACACGGAGAUGGAGGUGCGUUUUGAGUCGACUCACAAGUCGCGCGAGGCAGAGCGACAAGGGCACCGAGACGGAGAGGUGCGUGGGGCUCACUACGACACGGAGAUGGAGGUGCGCUUUGAGUCGACUCACAAGUCGCGCGAGGCAGAGCGACAAGGGCACCGAGACGGAGAGGUGCGUGGGGCUCACUACGACACGGAGAUGGAGGUGCGCUUUGAGUCGACUCACAAGUCGCGCGAGGCAGAGCGACAAGGGCACGGAGAGGGAGAGGUGCGAGGGGCUCACUACGACACGGAGAUGGAGGUGCGCUUUGAGUCGACUCACAAGUCGCGUGAGGCAGAGCGACAAGGGCACGGAGAGGGAGAGGUGCGUGGGGCUCAAUACGACACAGAGAUGGAGGUGCGCUUUGAGUCGACUCACAAGUCGCGCGAGGUAGAGCGACAAGGGCACUGA